AAAAUUCGUUGGUAAAUUUACCAUUUAACGACGGCUUAGCGACAGACUUCCGAUGAAAAUGGAAUAAACAUAUCACUGAGGAAUGGUUUGGUCCGUCGGUAAAGCGUCCACCACCAGCUGUCUCGUUCUACUAUUCCAUCUCCAUCUCCAAUAUGGGUCCAAUUGUAUUUAGAAUUAGGAUUAUAAAUUAGGGAAACUAUUUAGGUUAAAUAAAUUUCAAUUUCUUCUUCGUCUGUCGUUUUCUAUCGCCCCUUUCUGCCAACCGCCGCCAUUGCUGCUGUUAAUUGGCGAACUCUGAUUGUAAUUAGACAACUAAACUAACUUAAAAAAGUAUACUCAUCAAGGAAAUGUUUACUAAUGAUCGGAGACAAGAAGAACGAACCGGAAAAUCUGGAACUCCGAGGCUCCAAUUUCUUCAGACAUUAGUGAGCCAGUUUCAGAAUGCAUCUGAUGAAGAAACAAAAGAGAGACUAGUUGCCAACCUGGCGAACUUUGCUUAUGAUCCUUACAAUUAUACAUUCUUACGCCAGCUCAAUGUUUUGGAACUCUUCCUAGACUGCAUAACAGAACCAAAUGAGAAGGUUGUGGAAUUUGGGGUGGGUGGUAUAUGCAAUUCUUGUGCUGAUCCAACAAAUGCUGCUAUUGUCACUCAGAAUGGCGGUAUCCCUCUCAUUAUCCAAUGCUUGUCAAGUCCAGUUAGAAACACAGUCAACUAUGCUAUUGGAGCUCUUUAUUACCUCUGUAACUCAUCUAACAAGGAAGAGAUUCUAAAGCCAGAAGUUAUAGAUGCCAUCAGGAGGUAUGCUGGUGCAGAAAGUGUAAGUUUCAGUAAUCUUGCUAAAGCAUUCUUAGCUAAACAUGUGCCUAGCAACCACUUAGACAACAUUUCUUAACGCAUGUGGUGAGUCCAAAAUGUAUAACCAGAUCAAGGUCCGGUUGGUUCGUUGGUUGCUUGUCUCACUGGUCGCCUUUGAUGAUGCUGUGGACAUCGAUCAUGAUGAUAUCAAGCUUAGUCCUGUCACUGAAAUACUUGAUAAGCCUGAAGACUUGAAAGGGAAUAAUAAUACUUUCUCAAGGAGUAAAAUCACCGAAUCCCCAGUUCGAUCUAGAUGUGGACUUGUCUGAGAAUGAGGAGUCGAAAACAAUGUUAGCGACGGGCGGUUCCUCAGCAAAACCUACUCGUGAAGUAGACUGAAACCAUGCUGAUUUUUUAGUUGCUUCAUGCUUGUAGCUUAUAGAUUUUUAAAGUCCUGAUUUAGAAAUGUAAAUCUGCAGGUAGGAUUGUUUAGCUGAUUUUUUUAUUUAUUUUUUGAUUGAGAAAAACAUUGGUUUACAGUCUUGUGUGAUACAAAAUUGUUGUCUUAUAUUAGUUUCAAGGUCUUCUUUUACAAGGAA